AUGGGUUCGCGAUCGGACUACGUUGACGUACUUAUCGUCGGAGCAGGCCCUGCCGGUCUCACCGCGGCAAAUUGUUUUCUUGGGAGUCGAUUGAAUGUCCGUAUUAUCGACAAGAAAGACGGGAUUGUAGAGGCAGGCAAAGCCGACGGGUUAAAAAGCAUUUCCCUGGAGGUUCUGGAUAGCUUCGGAAUUGGCGAUAGUAUUCGCAAUGAGGCCCAUAGAGUCGAGGAAAUUACCCUUUGGAAUUCUGACCUAGCGGGGGGUCUUUCCCGUGCGUGUAUAAUCCCGGACCGCAUACCUGAGCUUGGAAAGCCUCGAGAAGUCUCUUUGCAUCAAGGUAGGAUUGGACACCAUAUGAUCCAGAAUCUACACAAGCGUAGUAGCAUCGAAGUGGAAUGGAGAAAGCAGCCGGUGCAUAUGGAUAUCGACCUCGAUCAAGUAGACAAUCCAGAGGCAUACCCGAUCACUGUAUCACUUGAAACUUCGGAAGAUGGGUCAGAUCCAGGACUGUUAUGGCAACCCAUGCAUGCCCAGCAAGAUAGUAUCGUAAAAGAGACCAUCCACGCUAAAUACGUCUUGGGAUGUGAUGGGGCGCGCAGCUGGAUUCGACAACGUCUCGGUAUCUCAUUUAUUGGGGAUUUAACUGAUUCAACAUGGGGCGUAAUGGACAUAGUCCCCAAGACAAGCUUCCCAGAUAUCCGCAAGGUGGCCGUCAUUCAUUCCUCGAAGGGUACCGUCAUGUCUGUGCCCCGUGAAGACAGGCUUGUCCGAUUCUAUAUCCAGAUUGACGCUGUCAAUCCAGAUGCUGCAUCUGGAUUGGCGCGACAUGACCUAAAGGUGGAUGAUCUGCUUGAUGCCGCACGCGCGAUCAUGUUCCCCUAUACUAUGGAGGCUGCAGAGUGUGCUUGGUGGUCAGCCUAUCGCGUUGGACAGCGGGUUGCCAACGAAUUUGCUCGCCAUGAUCGGGUCUUCCUGGCUGGCGACUCGGUUCACACGCACUCCCCAAAGGCCGGUCAGGGUAUGAAUACCAGCAUUCAAGACGCAUACAACAUUGGCUGGAAGCUUCGAGCAUGCCUAGAACACCAGUGUGGUCGGGAAAUUCUAGCAACGUAUGAGAGCGAACGCAAGCCAGUCGCAGAAGCUUUGAUCAACUUCGACCGUGACUAUCUAAAGCACUUUGCAAAGCAACAUGCCUCCAACCACGCGGACUUUCUCGAUGCCUACCUGAAAGGGCAGAGAUUCACCACAGGAAUAGGCAUCAGGUAUCCUCCCUCGCUCCUGAUUACUGAAGAUGUCGAUGUCCAGUCAUUACAAAGAGGGUUGGUCCCUGGUCUGCGUCUCCCGGAUUUCCAAGUAGUAAACCAAUCUGAUGGGGUGCCUAUCCGCAUCCAUCAACGAUUGCGAGCUGAUGGGAAGUUUCGCAUUCUCGUGUUUCCUGGCGACGUUUCUCAAGAAUACACCAUGUCGCGACUCAACCAGUUCGGGGGAUGGCUGGCUAAGUCUAAAUUAGACGUCGAGGUGUCCCUCCCGCAAGGGGGGUCAGGAGAGUUCUUUAUUGAGACCAUAACCAUCCACUCGGCCCGACGCGCUGAUGUGGAGCUCGAGGACUUCCAUGAAGCCUUUCAUCCAUGGAGUUCCAGGUGGGGAUGGAACUACUGGAACGUUUAUGCGGACGAUGAAAGCUAUCAUGAUGGUCAUGGAGAGGCAUAUCAACGGUGUGGUCUCGACCGAAAUCACGAUUGUGUCGCAGUGGUGCGACCGGACGGAUAUAUCAGCGUUGUCUGCGAUUUAGAGAAUACGGAAGCGGUUGCGUCUUUCUUUGACACACUUCAGCCUAUUAAGGCGGUAAGACCACGCAUCUAG